AUGUCGGUUCUCCGAGAAUAUGACCCAGAGACCGUAAAAACUUUCCCUAUACCAAACCAGUCUGUAGCCUCGUCCGUGAGCUGCACCGAGUCUGAAAGAACAGAGCGCCGGCACUUCAGCAACGAGUUAUGCUUUAUCACCAAAAAGUUCGAUCAUGGUCUCAAAAAAGCUCAUUGGAUCAACGCUGUUAGGAAAAGCAAGCCUGACAAGGUGGCUGUGGAAGCUUUCCUCCAGCAGCUGGGUACCGUAGAGCGGAAAUUUCACUUGAAUUCUGCCAGUAACCUCUCACCUCCACAAGUGGAUGCGACUCUGCACUAUACGCUUGAUGAGUUGGGAUUUUUUGCUAUCACCUGCUCCAAGGACACCCUCCAUGCUCUAUCGGACUUGCUAGACGCGGAGAACAGGCAGUUCGAUGUACGUGGAGGAAACUAUACCCGUUAUUUCAAUCGCCGUGAACAGCCGUUCACAAACGCAACGUACGGGAUGGUUCUCUUACACCCAGACCAUUUUCUUCCCAGAGGCCAAAUUUUGACCGUCUACACCCAAGAUGUCCACAAGUGUUUUCACCCAACACACUAUGCGCCAAGCCCCGACGGGGCAUUGCGUGAUACAGCGACCAGCAGCCAUCCGAGCUCUUUUACUAGCCCUGUUCAGACUGGUGGGCCUGUUCUCGUUGACGAUAACAACACGUAUCAUGCCGCAGCUGACACCUCUCAACGUCUGCCCCCCUUUCCUGCGGCGAUCCGCAGAAUUGUACCAGUCGAUCAAGUCCCGCUGUCCCUCAAUCCCUUCCUUGUCAUUCUCAACGCUGAUAUGGCGUUCCGGCGAUACCUCAGGAUCCCGCAAUACGAAGGUCAACAACACCUGUGCGCGGAGUAUCAGGAGCUCGUCGAAUUGACUGGCUCAGUUGCCGACAAGAUAUACUACAGGCGGAUUGUUUCUGACGCUUUUAGGCAUUCUCAAAUUGUGCGGAAAGCUGUGGUCGCUGACGAAAACGCGGACAUGGCAGCAGCAGAGAAUACGGAUGUUGCCAUGGGAGGUGUUGACGAGCACGGCCGUCUCAGUGGGCAGAGUCAGAGCCAGUCGCUAACGCCAAAGGGACGUGGGCAAGGUGGUGGUAGGCAAGGCGGUGGGAAGCAAGGAGCUCUUCGGAACUCGAGGUUUGGCUUGGAGGUUGCAGAGCCCGGGCCUGAUGCCUCUGAUGAGCAGAUCAGGGAUUACUGCUGCUACCUCAUUUCGGGACGAGAUCAACCUCUCUCGCACAAGGAGCAAGUGUUUGUGUCUUCACUUGGUCUUCACCCUGGCGCCGCGGACCAGAACCCCGAAGAUGAAGAGUCAUAUAGCGAGGAUUAUUUUGGUAUUGAGGAUGAUGAGGACGACGAAGAGGAAGAGGUCCAGGAGGGUCCAGAAUCUUAUUUCCAAGCCGCUGUUGCUGACAAGGUCCUACAAUGGCAAAAUCCUGGUGGCGUUGUGAGCGUCUGA